CACUUGAUGGCAACAGAAUCCUCGAAGAAUGAGAUAGCACUGAACCACAGUGAGCCUGCGGGCUCGAAUACGGCAAUUCCGUCUCUUUCACAACCCACACUCCCUCCGCCAGAACAGUGCGUCAUCUGCCUCGACCACAUCUCUGAUAAAGCGAUUGCCCUCCCGUGCCGCCACGACCAAUUUGAUUUCUCAUGCUUGGGAACAUGGCUACAACGGCAGCAAGUCUGCCCAUUGUGCAAAUGCCAAGUUACAGCGAUCAGAUUCAAUAUUGGCGACGGCGGUGAGCAGAGGAGUCAGGUUUUCCAUCUUCCUCCCGAGAAUGCGCACGCAGGUCGAAGCACUCGCGGGCUUUCCGCCGCGGCUGCUCGGCAGCGACGAUUCAGGCAAGGUCGAGCAUAUGGAAGAGGGGGAAACCACAGCAACGCGAGAGGCGCGCAAUCUGAAGUUUUGAAAGAUACCGCGCUCGACUUUCGCAGACAGGUGUACCGCCAGAAACUCUACUCACUCCAUGUGGGCACAAAUCGCAUCUCUCGCUACCAGAAUCUGACGCCGUCGUCUUUUGCAACAGAUGAGCGUCUGAAGUCCCGAGCCCGAAUGUGGAUCCGACGUGAACUUCAAGUCUUCAGUUUCCUCGAUCCCAGCGCUCCGCAGCCUUCGCGUCCUGAAUCCACGGACCGCCGCGCCAGUAACGCGGACUUUUUACUUGAGUACAUCAUUGGGAUCCUGAAGUCGAUUGAUUUAAAAGGCAGCGCCGGGCAAGCGGAGGAGUUAUUGAAAGAUUUUCUGGGCCGCGACAAUGCUCGGCUGUUUUUGCAUGAACUGGAAGCUUGGUUACGAAGUCCGUACGAGCAUCUCAAUGAUUGGGACCGGGCAGUGCAGUACGCGAUGCCGUCAGUGUUGGAGCCUGACAAUGAUAAGUCGAGACACGCGCGAAGCAACGGCAUUUCCUGUCGCCAGACGAGUAGGACGAAACCACCCGACAUAGAGCCAGGCGUGCCUCGAUGGUUCUCGGAGAGAUUUGUGCUUGGGGACGAAGGUCCACGGACGCGGCGAACAUGGAACACAUCGUGAUCCGCGGGCUUGUAUCACGCAGAGCUGAAUUGUGGCAUACAUGCGCCAUUCUUGAUGCUCCAGCUGAGAUGAUGACAAAGUGCUGAACAGUCCACGAUGGCUAUGAGAGAUGGAUGUAUGAUAUACCAUAGACACGAAAUGCGGCGAUAGACUUACAAACGCUGUUUCUCUGCGACUGUCUUGUGCCGACAUUUGUGAAAGCGAAUACUGCCUCUUGAUUUCCAAUCCCCCGCUUGGCAGUGAAGCUUCUCUGAGAC